GAGGUGGUUGUGGCUCGGAGGACUGUGUGGAGUGCUGCUGCUGAGGCGGCGGUGGUAUCGACGAGGCGGUGGCGGCGCUGCCCGCCCCGGGCUGCUGUGCCUCUCAGCUUGGCUCCCAACCUCCCCUGAGCCCGCCGGGGCCCGCGCCGGCCAGCGUCUGCCCUAUGAGUGUGUCACUGAUUGUCAUCCGAUUGGAGCUCGCGGAACACUCGCCCGUCCCCGUCGGCUUCGGCUUCAGCGCCGCCGUCGGGGAAAUGUCUGAUGAGGAGAUCAAAAAAAAGACACUCGCUUCAGCUGUCGCCUGUUUAGAAGGGAAGACACCAGGGGAGAAAGCAGCAAUCAUCCAUCAGCACCUUGGCCGUCGGGAAAUGACAGAUGUAAUCAUUGAGACCAUGAAGUCCAACCCAGAUGAGUUAAAAGAUACAAUGGAAGAAAAGGAGUCUUCAGAAGCAUCUCUCCCUGCGCAGAAAAAUAGAGAUCAAAAUAAAGAAUGCAUAAAUGCGGCUCCUGAUUCUCCAUCCAAACAACUUCCAGACCAGAUUUCAUUCUUCAGUGGAAAUCCUUCGGUUGAAAUAGUUCAUGGUAUAAUGCACCUAUACAAGACAAAUAAGAUGACCUCCUUAAAAGAAGAUGUGAGGCGCAGUGCCAUGCUGUGUAUUCUCACAGUCCCUGCGACAAUGACCAGUCAUGACCUUAUGAAGUUUGUCGCCCCAUUUAAUGAAGUAAUUGAACAAAUGAAAAUCAUCAGAGACUCUACUCCAAAUCAAUAUAUGGUGCUGAUAAAGUUUAGUGCACAGGCCGAUGCGGAUAGUUUUUAUAUGGCAUGCAAUGGCCGCCAGUUCAACUCCAUAGAAGAUGACGUUUGCCAACUGGUCUAUGUGGAAAGGGCUGAAGUACUGAAAUCGGAAGAUGGUGCCAGUCUCCCGGUGAUGGACCUGACCGAGCUCCCUAAAUGUACAGUGUGUCUGGAGCGCAUGGAUGAGUCCGUGAACGGCAUUCUCACCACUCUGUGUAACCACAGCUUCCACAGCCAGUGUCUGCAGCGCUGGGAUGACACCACGUGUCCUGUUUGCCGAUACUGUCAAACCCCAGAGCCAGUAGAAGAAAAUAAAUGUUUUGAGUGUGGUGUUCAGGAAAACCUUUGGAUUUGUCUCAUAUGUGGCCACAUAGGAUGUGGACGGUACGUGAGUCGACAUGCGUAUAAGCACUUUGAGGAAACACAGCACACCUAUGCCAUGCAGCUCACCAACCACCGAGUCUGGGACUAUGCUGGAGAUAAUUAUGUCCAUCGACUGGUUGCAAGUAAAACAGAUGGAAAAAUAGUACAGUAUGAAUGUGAGGGUGACACUUGCCAGGAAGAGAAAAUAGAUGCCUUACAGUUAGAGUAUUCAUAUUUACUAACAAGCCAACUGGAAUCUCAGCGAAUCUACUGGGAAAACAAGAUAGUUCGGCUAGAGAAGGACACAGCAGAGGAAAUUAACAACAUGAAGACCAAAUUUAAAGAAACGAUUGAGAAGUGUGAUAGUCUGGAACAUAGACUAAAUGACCUAUUGAAAGAAAAGCAGUCUGUGGAAAGGAAGUGCACUCAGCUAAACACAAAAGUGGCCAAACUCACAACAGAGCUCCAGGAGGAGCAGGAAAUGAACAAAUGCUUGCGAGCCAACCAGGUCCUCCUGCAGAACAAGCUGAAGGAGGAGGAGAGGUUAUUGAAGGAGACCUGUGACCAGAAAGACCUGCAGAUCACUGAGAUCCAGGAGCAGCUGCGCGACGUCAUGUUCUACCUGGAGGCACAGCAGCAGAUCAGCCACCUGCCUGCUGGGGCGCGGCAGGAGAUCCAGGAGGGACAGAUCAACAUCCCCAUGGCCUCAGCCUCCAGCCCCUCGCCUUCAGGGGGCAAUGGGAAAGUGCCGUCCAGGAAGGGCCGCAGCAAGAGGGGCAAGUGAGCUCCAGAAAAACAGUCCCUGAGACUGUCCGGGCGCUUCAAGGGUGUGCCGGGACCUUCGGCAGAGUGGGAGGGUGGGCCCUAAUAAGUACAAGUGAGGAUCAAGCUGCAGUGUUUGGCUCUUUCAUUUGCUAGUGUGUGGUGUAGAGAAUGUAGAGGCUGUUGUCGGGAGAGCUGGUGGCAGUGGGCAGUGUUUUCAGUGGUGGUAAGAGCUCACUAACCUCAGACAUCCUAACGACCAUUUUGCCUUCCUUCUUGGUAGAUGCCCCACCUCUGCUGUGCGUUCUUCUGUUAUGUUUCUUGAGUUGGAAUAUUUGUCGUUUAUUUCUUGGGCAGGUUUAAGACAGUUUUUUUGUAACCUCAAAAGUAAUGUUACCUAGCACUGAAGCACUAAACUUCAUGAAGGUCAUAGCUGCUGCUUUAAAGAGAGGUUUCUGUCAGGCGUGGUGGCGCACCCCUGUAAUCCCAGCACUUGGGAGGCUGAGGUAGGAGGAUCAUUGUAAGUUUGAGACCAG